GUCAGUUGUUAUGUGUGUUUACAAAUAGAUGGAUGGGAUUAUAAUAAAUCGGCUUUCAAAUCAUUUUUAUUUGAUCACAAAAAUUUAAAAAUACAAAGUUCAAGUGAUUUAAAUCGAAAAAUGGCUACAAAAGUGCAAAGUGAAUUAGAACUAAGUGAAUAUAAUAAAAAACAAGACCAAAAUGAAAAUGCUGAUACAAUAAAUAGUGCACACAAAGAAACUCGAUUAUCAGAUCGAUUUAAAUCGGCUCUGAAUUUCUUUACAGUAGAACCAUUUUUACUAUGUUAUAUUCUACCAAGUGUUAUAUCUGCCAUAGCCGUGCAAAAGCUUAAUAUGGAGAAGGCUUGUCGUGUGGAUCUCGGAUAUUCUGAAGACGUGUGUUCAGAUGCAGUAGCUGGAAACUUUAAAGAUAAUUUAACAAUUUCCGCUUUAGAUGGUGCGCAGGUAAUGGUGGCAGACAUGACAACAUGGCAGCAGCCUAUACAAAGUGGAAUACCGGCAAUUGUAAUAAUAUUUGUUGGAGCUUGGAGUGACAAAACAGGGAACCGAAAAUCACUUAUGUUAAUACCAAUUUUGGGAGAGCUUAUUUCUGCGAUUGGACUCAUUUUCACAACGUAUUUUUUCUUAGAAUGGCCUUUAUGGGUCACGGGUUUGAUUGAAUCUGUGCCUUCAGCAUUUACUGGAGGCCGAUCCAUCGCAUUGAUGGGGUCUUAUAGCUAUAUAGCUGAUGUAACCACCAUUGAGUCCCGUACUUUUCGUGUGGGUGUUGUAGCUGUUAUUGUAACCCUGGGUAUUCCUUUAGGUUCCUCUGUGAGUGGAGUAUUAACUGAAUCAGUUGGUUACUACGGAAUUUUCACCAUUGGAAUAGCCCUUUAUGCAUUUGGGUUUGUUCAUACAUAUUUUCAAAUACAUGAUGUAAAACAAGUACCGUUGGAAGGGACAUUGAAGCAAAAAAUUGCACAAUUUUUCAAUCCUAAAAAUGCUUGGGAUACAUUUUCACUGUUAUUUCUUUCUCGUGGAAAAAAACUUGCUCAAAUAUUGCUUGUUAUUUGGGCUCAUAUCGUUGUUAUUGGACCUAUAUUUGGUGAAGGCGCUGUACUAUUUUUAUACACAUUAAAGAAAUUCAAUAUGGACGUUAUUGACUUCAGUUUGUUUUCUACAUACUCCGUACUCAUGGGCCUAGCUGGUACAACUGUAGCUGUCACGAUUUUCAGUAAACUUUGGAAAAUGCACGACGCCUUAAUAGGAAGUAUUGCAACGAUCUGUAAGGUGGUAUCCAGUUUUGUAUACGGGUUCGCUACAAACAGGACGUGGUUUUACACUGGACCAGUGUUUGAUUUCUUUGGAAAUUCUGGUACGACAGUUAUAAGGUCAUUGGGAACUAAAGUCGUAGACCCAGAUGAAGUGGGUAAAAUGUGUUCCCUCAUCGGUUUUGUAGAGGCAGUGGUCCCGGUAAUAUAUACGCCUAUCUACAGUAAAGUGUACUCAACUACCCUCGAUACGUUCCCUGGCGCCUUUUAUCUUCUCGGUGGAAUGAUGACAGUACCAGCAGUCUUGAUCUUUGUAUUCCUUUACAUCAUGCAUAAACGGGAGAUGAGGGAUGUAGUAAAGAAUCCAGCUGAAAAGGAGAUUCAUGCACAUGAGAAUCAUGUUACUGUGCUAUGAUUGUUAUUACUUCUUUAUAUCGUUUACGUCAUAUUAUGUAUCUUUCAUUUAAACAUACAUAUCUAUACUAAUAAA